CCCCCAUCUUCUAGCCUCUGAAUCCGCGCCGCGCGUGACGCUGAUCCUUAGCACAGCCCUCGCUUUCCGCGCCCCACGGAUCGCCCAGCGCUGGGAGGGCACAUAGAUGUUUGCCAUGUGCCAGCCGGAGAUGCCCCUCAAUGCGCUCUUCAGCGAAGCGAAGGGGAACUCGCAGUUGGAUGCGGCCUACCUGGGAGGGCGGGACGGGAACCUCAAUUUCAUGGGCGAGGAGCCCUACGACAGCAAUGAGAACUGGAACCAACCCACAUCAGAGAGUCUGGAGCACAUGGAAGCAGGGCAGCUUGGGGGCAGUGCUCCAGUCGCAUCCGAUAAUCAAAUAGCACUGAUGCGCAAGCAGGAAGCAAACUGUGCUCCUAGGAAUGUCCAUCAGGAGGUGAGACAGGAGAGCAUGUUCCUUGCCUCUGAAGAAGAGGAGGAAGAAGAUGAUGAUGACGAAGAAGAAGAGGAGGACAUACGUAGGCCUCCAGAAGGAGCAGAGGUCUCCAGUCCGGAGCAAGAGAAAGCUACUGCCAAAGAGAGAGUCAAAGGAAGCCGGAAGAUGGCCAGCUCCCCCUUGGAAGACAAUGGUUACGCCAGCAGUUCCCUGAGCAUCGACAGCCCCGACAGCGGAGGCGCCGGCCCUUGGGAGACACCCUCUGUUGCUGCUGAGGACUGGAAGGAGAGUGAGGCUGAGGACUUGUCUCCGAGCUCCGAGGCCCUCUUCCCGGCGCUGGCGGAGGCCUUCCAAAGCCUUCAGGAGAAGAAGAAGUUCAAGGAGCAGGAGAAGCAGAAGCACCGCGUCCACCUGGUGAUGUAUCGCCGCCUGGCGCUGCUGCGUUGGAUCCGCAGUCUCCAGCAAAAGGUGGUCGACCAGCAGAAUCGGCUGCAGGAGAGCUUCGACACCAUCCUGGACAACCGCAAAGAACUCAUCCGGUGUGUCCAGCAAGGCAUGCCCUGCCCCAAGAACCCUGUCCAGGCCGAGCUGUGAAGGACCUUCUUGCCCUCCAUACCUAUAGAGUCAUUGGGUAGUCCUUAACCUGGUCAUUCAUGGAAGGGAGUGACAGAAUCCUAUAUAUACCUGCAAGUUUAGGUUGGGAGCAGUGGUGGCUGGUGGCUUCCAUGUUAGUGAAUCCAUCCUCUGGUUGAAAAGAGCUCUUCGGCAUCCAGAACCAGUUUUGGCCACAGGUUUCGAAAGAAUUAUCCAAGAUGCCAUAGAGUUCAGGUUUCAUUUUGCACUUUAGAAGAACUAUCCUAGGUGCUGAACUGUGUUGACCAACCCAUUCAGCACUUUGAACUGAGUUGGCCAACCCAUUCAGCUUUUCCAGAGUGGAUUUCCCACAUCAUGGAAGCCACUCAGCCACCACUGCCUGGAAGGUUUGCUUCUGUCCUUUUGAAAUAAUAUAGUAUUUCAUCGCAGAAUAGUCACCUCCGCAUAAUAGUCACACUCCCAUUUUUGGGUGCAAAAAUUGUAUUUUUGUUUUCCUCACAUAAUAGUUGCACCCCAUUUUGGGCUGAUAGAUCUUUUUUCUUUCUUUCUCUGAAGGCAAGGCAGUUUAAAAAUUACAAAAUGGAAGUCUCUGAAGCUCCACUCUUCUCUCCUCCCGCCUUCCUCCUUCCAAGGCCUUAAGGUAGUUUACAAAACCUGGAAUUGUGUUCUUUGGAGAAUGGAGGAAUAAAAGGGAUGAUACCAGUUCCAGAGGCCUUAAGACCUCAAAGAAAGGAAGGAAGGAGAAAGAAGAGAAGAGUGGAGCUUCAGAGACCUUCAUUUUAUAGUUUUUAAACUGCCUUGCCUUCAAAGAAAAAAGGAAGGGAGAAUCAGCCCCAAAUGGCUCUGCAGUUUCAAACAAACAAAGAGAAAUAUGUUGUCAAAAGAUUGAGUCAUCUCUCCUUCUCCAUUUUAUUUAAAAAACAGCAACGAAAAAUGGAAUAUAGACAGAUUUUUUUUCCUCAUGUAAUAGUCACAUCCCCCUUUUUUGGGACAAGGGGGGAAAGUGCGACUAUUAUGCGGUGAAAUAUGCUAUUUGAUGUUCUUGCUAAGAUAUUUCAGCACAAUGCCAGUUCAUUUUGUGCAAUCACUUGCAUCCUUAUUUAGAAGUAGACGCAACCUCUCACAAUUGCUCCAUGCUUCAUUGUGGUGCAUGGCUUCAGUCGAUGAAUGUUAAAUCUGUUGUGUGCAAUGAGACAGGGAUUAAGAGUGCGUGCUCAUGGAGGUCAAGAUCUCAAAUACUAGCAAAGGUUGAAGCCUCUGUGCUUUUUCCAGGGGAAAGGAGACUUUGGUGUUCCGGGUGCUUUGCACUGCAAGUCCCACAAAACCCAUGGCCAUGUUCUGGGAUUUGAAGUUCAAAAGGAUCUACAGUUUCCCUGCCACUGGUCUGGCCUCUAGACAGGGCAUACAUUUAGAUACCACGGAAGAGGAGGUCCGUAAUCGGAAACAAAUUGUCCAAAGCACAGGUCUCAAAGUUUCCAAGAACUCAAAACAUCUGUUGAUUGUUUUGUUUGUGGAAGAAAAUGCUGAAUAUUGUGAAAUGUCUGAGAAGGAUGUAUCUCUCUCUCUCUCUCUCUCUCUCUCUCACACACACACACACACACACACACACACAUAAUCCAGGGAUACAGCUAUAUGGAGAAGUGGGAUAAAAUGAGGACAUGGCCCUUUAAACAACAACUCUGCCCUCAGAUUAUAUUUUCCUUGAGACUCCAUUGCAGUAACUUCAAACUUCAGCUGAGUGUUACAUAAAUACGGUUUAGAUGUCCAAAGAAAAGAGGCAAAUAUCAGAGUUCUUGGGAACAAUUUUCAAUGUCUAGGGGUGCAUCUGCACUGUCAGAUUUAUGCAGUUUGACAUCCCUUCAACUGCUAUGGCUCAACACGAUGGAAUCAUGAGAGUUGCAGUUUCAUAAGGUCUUUAGCGUUCCCUGCCAAAACAGACUCAUCAAAGUGCAACUCCUAUUGUUCCAUAGCAUUGAAACCCUUGUGCUGGCAGGAUUGUUGACCGAAAGGUCGCUGUUCGAAUCCAGGGAGCGGGGUGAGCUCCUGUCUGUCAGCUCCAGCUUCUCAUGAGGGGACAUAGGGGGCCUCCCACAGGAGGGUAAAACAUCCGGGCACCCCCUGGGCAACAUCCUGGGCAACAUCCUUGCAGACGGCCAAUUCUCUCACACCAGAAGCAACUUGCAGUUUCUCAAGUCAUUCCCGACACAGAAAAACAAUUUGAGCAAUGGCAAUUCAAGUGUUGUCAAACCGCAUUAAAUCUACAGUGCAGAUGUACCUUCACUCUCCGUAAUACUAGAAAUGUAUGUGGUAAAGAGGCAGAAUUCUUCUGAGGAGGAGAGAACAAUGACAUGGCUGAGUUUGUAUGAUUUUGACCAAAUGACUUGUGUGCCAUUUCCAUCAUGGCUGCUGUUUUUAGAGAAUGCUAUGCUUAGUAUGGAAACAUGUCCCACAUCAAAGUGCUUGAAAUUGCCGUCUUCUGACCUCAUCUUGGUUUAAAGUUUUAUUUGUUCCCAACCGAAUAGUGGUUGGAACCGUCAUGAAUGUGUUUAUUUGGGGUUUCCUUUUCCCCCAGAUGGCUAUAUAUGAAAGUAUAUCUAGAAUUAUAUUAUUAUUAUUAUUAUUAUUAUUAUUAUUAUUAUUAUAUGUUGUGUAUUCGUUUAGGAAAGCAAACAAGUUGUCGUCCGUAUUGGGAAACGCAAAUCCUUCCCAUAUUGGCAAAAAUGAAUUAUAUUGAUGAUGAUGAUGAUGAUGAUGAUGAUGAUGAUAUUGCAACUCCCAGCAGUCCUUGCCAGCAGAGCCAAGGGGGAGGGAAUGCUGGGAGUUGCAGUAAACAUCAUUUGGGUCUCUGUAGGAUUUCCCAGAGCUCUGUUGGGUUGAAAACCUUGGAGACUCAAAGGCCACCUCCGAGGAAGAGAAGGAUUUUGAUGCGGAUGAUGGGUCACCGCAGUGUAUUUUUUUAACAGAGUGGAUGUAUUACAGGCAUGGGCAAACGUCGGCCCUCCAGGUGUUUUGGACUCC